CAGCAUGUGACGUAUACAGGACAACAGAGUGAACCCAAACCUGGGAGGAUCUCAAACCUAUUAAUCCAAAAGAUGUUGGCCAAGAGGUGACAGUGCUCCGCUGUACCCACUGCUUCAACAGCAGCUCAUAGUGGGGCUGAAACAAUGGAGUUCCUGGAGUUUGUUGGGAUCACCCUGUUUCUGUUGGUUUCUGCACCCCCUACAAUCUCUCAGAAUACAACUUCUAGCCCUCGGAUAUGUGGUUCUCCAUUGGGUUCAAGUAGGAUAGUGGGAGGUACUGAUGCCACAUAUGGGGCGUGGCCCUGGCAGAUCAGUCUACUCUACAGAGGUUCACAUAUCUGCGGGGGGUCUGUGAUCUCCAACCAGUGGAUCCUGACAGCCGCCCACUGCUUUGAAUACUCCAAGUCUCCAGCUAAGUAUCAAGUUCGGCUUGGUGCAUACCAGCUAUCAAUCGCAACUUCUAAUGAGAUCAUAUCCAAUGUAGACCGUGUUAUUAUGAACUCAUUGUUUACUCGCCCAGGGGACCAAGGAGAUAUUGCUCUACUGAAAUUAACAAGCCCCAUCGCCUAUACCAAGUACAUCCUUCCAGUCUGCCUACCUUCCACAUCCGACAGUUUUUAUGAAAACAUGCAAUGCUGGGUCACUGGAUGGGGCAAUAUUGGCUCUGCAGUGAAUCUUCCAUAUCCACAGACACUCCGACAGGUGAUGACACCUCUGAUAAACUGGACCACUUGUAACCAGAUGUAUCAUGUUGGAACUGGAAUCAGUUCAAGUGUUCCCUUAGUUCCAACAGACCAGAUCUGUGCUGGAUAUGCCGCUGGGCAAAAGGACUCCUGUCAGGGAGACUCCGGGGGACCCCUUGUUUGUGCGGUACAAGGAGUCUGGUAUCAACUUGGCAUUGUAAGUUGGGGAGAAGGAUGUGCCGUUGCAAACAGACCCGGUGUUUAUACCCUGGUGCCCACUUACUGGUCGUGGCUCUCCUCAUACAACGCAACCACAGAUAAUUCAUACGUAUCAAGUUUCCACUCACCUUCUGUACACAGACACUCAAUUCUCAUUGCAACAUGUCUGCUUCUGCACGGCUGGUUCGUGGUAGAGACAAAGGUCUAAAUUAUAUGUAAAUUAGUAAAUUUUUAUACCAUUUUAGUUGUUGGUUUUCUAAUUAAUAAACCUAAUGUCAACCAAUUUAUUUCGAUGUUUAUUGCAAUAUUGCACACCGAUUUAGUAGAAACAAAUAUAAAUGGAGGGCACACCAAUUUGAUAAGAGCAAAAA